AUGAAUCCAGUGGAAGGCGAGCCAACAAUUAAACCAAACGUAAGGAAACACGCGGUCGCAAGAGAAGAUGGCCGCUUAGUCCCAUGUAAAGGUGAUGGAAGAACAUCUGAGUUUCACCUGACUGAAUACAGUGCUUGGCUUCCAAGACUACUCAGGCUCAGAAAGAAGAUAUUUUACGUGGCACGACAAACGGGCCAGAUCGUUGGCAACGUGCUAAUUCUUUACGAUUUUACAAUGCCAGGAGAAAUACCGUCGAUCAUGAAUAUAGCGCAUGGUAAUGAUGCUUUGAGAGAUAUGCAGCAAAUGGAUUUGACUAUGGAGAUGCCUGUUGCGGAUGCAGAAAAUCCUUUCGUAGAAGGAAUCGUGCCGGGUGUUCGAGGAGAAAAGUUCCUCAAGGUUCAUCCAUCAAAAAUUGGUUGGGUCAACAACAAAACGCUACUUUUGAAAUAUCUGAUCAAUGAUCCGACGUUUUUAGAUGAAGCUGGUUAUUUGAAUACACAUGUACCGUUCCUGCCACCCAUGAUUGAAGGGCGAGGAGUGUUUGUUCAUUUCGCACCUGCUACUCUUGUCGCAGAUCAUAUACAUCACACUGGGGAUGGUUUGUCGCCAUGGACUUUCCAAGGAGCAUCAAUGCACAAUCGCGUUCGCACAGUAAAACGGGCGCUCAUGCAAGAUUCAGAA